UGUAAGGGAGAUGGGGCUCCCAGUUAAGGAGUUUAUUGUAGUCGGUGUGUGAGGGCAGACUGUCAGAAGAGAAGACGCUUGCAGAUAUCUAAAUAUAUCUGGCUAAUAUUAGAGUAAAGACAGUCGGUGGGUGGAGGAGAGGCGUGAAUAUCUAAUCGCACAGACACAAAAAGAAAGGCUUUCCCAGCUUGGAUCUGUGCCAUACCGCUCCUCGGCUUUAACUCGCUACACUUCCUCAGACUCUGCAGGCAAACUCGGCCAGUCUAGCUCUGAACCUCCGUUCGCCGCCCUCUGAUAGCGACGGGAGCACAGUCGGGACGAUGGGUCGCUGUGGAAGUUGGCAGGGAAGUUUUCUAAGAGCGCUUGGGGCUGUCCUGCUCUGUCUCUCAGCGCUACAGCCUAGCACUGGGUUUGCCAAAAGCCUCCGUGUGAAAGUAGCAGAUAAAAACGAUGACUAUGAGUAUCAGCUGGUUUCAUAUUCAUCACCAUACCAGAAGAACGAUCGAUGUCCUCCUCCUCCGCAGGCUUUGCCAGACAGAGCCUGUGAUGUUCCCAGCUGCAGGUCGGACUCUGAAUGUGAAAGGCACAAACGCUGCUGUUAUAAUGGGUGUAUUUAUGCUUGUUUGGAAUCAGUAAAGCCACCACCAGUCCUAGAUUGGUUGAUACAACCAAAGCCCAGAUGGCUCGGAGGUAAUGGAUGGCUACUUGAUGGACCAGAAGAAGUACUUCAAGCUGAAACCUGUAGUACCACAGAGGAUGGAGAUGAACCCCUACAUUGUCCCACCGGCUAUGAUUGUCACAUCAUAAAUCCCGGGAAUCCAGCAGAAGGAAUUCCGAACAGAGGACAAUGCAUAAAGCAACGAGGAAAUAGUGAUGGGCGCAAUUUAAGACCGAAAAUGUACUAUAAAGAUUAUUUUGGAACUAGUUCUAAUAAUGCUGUUGGCUACAAGAAACACCACUAUAAACAUCUGGGCUAAAGUUGCCAAUGUGAAGGUACAGCAAGAUCUGCUUUAAGAGCACAAUGUGAUUAAGAGCGCACUACUUGUAGUUCUGCAACACAAUCAAUUGUUGUAAAAAUAUCAGUAACCUGGAUCAUUAUUCACAAUGAGUCACAUACGUUUCAUCAUUAACUGCUUAUCAAAUAAAAGCCCAGGAUUUCGUUGGCAAAAUAAUUGUAAGCAACAUUCACAUAAUGUCAUCAGUAUAUAAAGUCUCCAACAAUUUACAGCAAGUAUGAGUUACACCAUGAGCUGUGAAUUGCUGCAAAUUGCUGGAUAGUUUGCUAUACAUCUCCCUAUAAAUGUCUAGAAAUGUUGUGCUUCGAAAAUGAAUUAAACCAAUGACGGAAAGUUGCGGGUCCCUUGAGUGGACUAAUUUAUUUAUCCAGUGGUCUUCCAGCUUAUAACCAGUAGGCAAUUACAGGAUCUGUACAUGCUACAGAAAACACCCAACCAGAAUGUAAGUUGAGCUGCUCUGUUUCACUGAUUAAAAUGAGUGUUUGUGGACUCUUGCUGGGAACAAAGUAAAUGUUAAAUUCAAUUCAGCCUGCCAUGGUUUAGACUUAGCACUGACCUACCCACUCCACCAACCAUUUCAAAGUAUCUGAGGUUCUGGUUGUGCAAUGGUGGGUUCCCAGAACCAAGAGACCCAAGUUCAAAUCUCACCUGUCCCAGAGGAGUGCAUAAUAAUGUCUGAGCAAGUUGAGUAAAAAAGAAAUCUGGACCUACUAUUUUUACAAGAAAGCAACAUUAACAUGCAAGUUCCAAAAGUAACAAUAAAUAUAAUGAAAUAUGAUUUUUCUGAAGAAGGGUUUCAACCCAAAAUGUCAAACUUUCCUGCUCCUCUGAUGCUGCUUGGCCUGCUGUGUUCAUCCAGCUUCAUACUGUGUUAUCAAAUAAAAUAUAAUGCUUUCAUUGAUAGCAACAGCUGCUUUCAAUUAAUUCCACUCCUAAAUUUUAAAAUACCAAACAAUCUGAACCAUGUGCAAAAGGCUGUCUUUUUCACCUCGCAAGGCCCAUAAACAAAAUAAAACUUGGCACUUGUACAUGUAUUCUUUGCUGUAAUUCAACGAUCGAUCUUAUUUUCAUAAGCAGAUGGUCAAACUGUCACUUCACAGCUUUGACAGCCAUUUAAAUUUCAUGGCUGGGAUGUAGAAAUUGGUUUCAUUACUCAUCAAGGUCUCAAGUGCACCACAAUCCUGUUUGAGUUUGUUCAACUUGUGCCUCCAAUAAUUUUGCAACAGGAAAACAAUUGGAGCUGCAGGAGGUCAUAAAUGAUCCAAAUCUCAGCAUUCACCAAACUUUCUGGGCCAAAGAAUUUAACUACAUUGAAAACAAUCAUUUACAUCACUAAGAUAAUGGCCCAGAUUUUGUGAUGUUAAUAAUGGCAAAACUGCCAAUUUUUGUGCUCAACAUUCUACCAAACUGGCAACAACUUCUGCAUGUGUAAUUAAACCCAGUUGCCUGGAAGUUUCUGGCAGUGGCUCUUAUCAUUGAUGAAGUCAUUGCAGAAGUAAAUCUAUGUAAAAUUGCUGAUAUGAUGCAAAAUUCCCCUUUUCACAUGAAUGGUUUCAUUGUAAAAAGCUUGGAAAAUGUUGCAUUUUGUUGAAUGAUGUGUAUCUCGAUUUUAUUUUAACAGACCUAGUCAGCGUUACUGCCCAACAACUUCCCUGUCCCUGGAAAACUAAUUGUACAUUUGUGGAUUGCAAAGUAUUAUUAUGAUAAACGUCACUUGUUAAAAAAAAAUCAGGUACACUACACACAUUUUUGAAUGAAGGCUUGUGAUUUGCAAAUGUUCUUGAAAAAGGGAAACUUUGUAAAUUGUGAUUUUCGCAAACAGCGAAAAUGUGCAGUGCACACCUGCUUCAGGAAGUAAGUUUUAAUUUAUUUCUUCAACACCACAGCUAAGAUUACACUCUCAGUGGGCGAAAGGUGCACAAUAGGUUUUGCAUGGAUAGGUGAACUUGUGAAGGUUGGAUGUGCGAAAAACAAGAUUUGACUAUAAUAAUUCAGUUUGAACAUAAUCCCUUACGUAUAUCUCAAUCAUUCUUUCAUGGCCUGAAAAAUGAUUUAUUAAGUUAAGGAUAAACUUUUUCUUGGCCUGCUAUCUGAGUAUGCUUCGAUAUGAUUGACUUUUUAGCUUGUGUAAAGAUAUUAUUGAUUUUGGAGAUGAGAUUUCCUUAUAAUUAGUGUCAGAAUUUAAUCAAUAUUGGGAAGAGAAAAUCGAUGCCCAGAUAUUUGUGGGCAGUUUUCAAGGUCAGCAGCAAGUCUGUCAGUUAUCCAUUGACUCUGAUUUUGUGGUCAAUGAAAUUAAAGCUGACAAUUCAUAAGCUAAUAAAAUGUUUGGUGCUGUAGUCUUCAAAUUAUAGUCAGCACUGCUACAUAUAAUGCAAAUCAAGUGAACCAAUAUGUGUGGACAGUAAUUAUGAAGUAUUCUUAUUGUCUUUGUCAAACGUAUUAUGGAGUACCUUUCGUAAAAAAAACUUUUGCUACAAAAUUCAGGUGGAUAAAGUCUGUCUAAUCUGAUAUUCAGCAGCAUGAAGGACACACUAGUUCUGAUUAAAGAGAUAUAUACCACCUUCGGGUUAAGUGCUGAUUGAUUUCUACUCACUGUUGCUCUGAUUGUUCAAUUGUUUGGCGCUUUUGAAAGUUAUUUAAAGUUGCUAAUGUCUACCAGGAGUGGUGUAAUGCAUGCUGUAAGAUUUUUUUUCCUGACAUCUGCAAAAUGAAUUAUUCUUAGGCAUUAGUACAAUAGUAGGCAUUAUCCUUGGCAUCCAACAUGAUCCUAAAAUUGAGUAGGGAAGGCUGCCAGAAGAGGGGAGCGAGGCUUCUCAGCUAAGGGCUGGGGUAUUGUGGAAGUCAUCCUUUCACCAGAACUUCAGUGGAAUGUGCAUCUGAAUCAGGCUAUCUUCACUAAAAACAGCUACCUGUUGCAGUCAGAGCAGGACAAGGGCUGCACUGUCAGACGGUGACCAUGAUUGUUUACAGACUGACUAUUUAAAAGCCGAGCAGAGGAUAUUUUCAACAUCUCAUGAUAGUUCAUCUGCCUUUGCUUAAAGGAGAUCACUGACUAUUGUUUUCUAUUCAUUGAUGGGAUGUGGGCAUUCAGAGCCUAGUCCAGCCUAUUCUUAUCCAUCCCUAAUUUCCCAGGAAUAAAGUGGCUGCCAGACCAUUUCAGAGGGCAGUUAAGAGUCAACAACAUUCUGUUGGUGUGAACAAGGAUGUCUUGCUGCAGUUAUACAUAGCAUUAGUGAGGCCGCACCUAGAAUAUUGUGUGCAGUUUUAGUCUCCUUAUUUGAGGAGGGAUGUUCUUGUUGUAGACGGAGUGCAGUGAAGGUUUACUGAAUUGAUUCCUGGAAUGGCAACUCUGACAUGAGGAGAGAUUACGUAGGUUAAGAUCGUAUUCACUGGAGUUGAGAAGAAUGAUGGGGUGCUCUCAUAGAAACCUAUAUUAUCCUACCAGGGCUGUUCCUGAUGGUGAGAGGAGGUCCAAAAUGAGGGUCAUAGUUUAAGAUAAGCUGAAAACUGUUUAGGGUAUGAGAUGAGGAGAAACGUCUUCACCCAGAGAGUGGUGACCCUAUGGAAUUCAGUAUCGCAAAGUGGUUAAAGCCAAAACAGCCUUUCCAAGAAGGGGAUAGAUAUAGAUCUUUUGGCUAAAGGACUCAAGGGAUAUGGGGAGGAAGAGUGGAUUAGUGUACUGAGUUCAAUGAUCAGCCAUGAUCAUAAUGAAUGGUGGAGCAGGCUCAAGGGGUUGAAUGGCCCACUCCUGCUCCUAUCUUCCAAGUUUCUAUUUUUAAGCCAGACCAGGUAAGCAUGGCAGAUAUCCUUCCCUAAAAGGAAUGAGAGAGCCAGUUGGGUGUUUACAACAAUUAGCGAUUAUGCUGUUGAGACUAGGCUAGAUUUGAAUUCCAACUUGUUAUUUAAUUCAAAUUUCAUCAUCAGCCGCAGGGGUCCAAAUGCAAAUCCCUAAAACAUCAGCCUUGGGUUCCAGGCUCAUGCAGAAAUUAUAUUACUGUUGCCAGAACCACUGUAAAGGAACUUUGCAGUACUUACCAUCAACUGGACGACCAGCAGCAACAUCAGUUCCGCUGUCACUGAUCAUCGCAGCUUCUACUUAAAAUUAAAUGCAAAAAUGAAACGCGAGCUAAGACAUACUGAACAAAAUUUAGAAUUUAAGUUGUGCCAGAUGCUAUUCAAUAUUCAAAUGUCAAGUAAUCCCAUGUUUCUGUGCCCUUGAUAUCUCUGUGUGCCUUUGCUUUGUUACGCAAUGCCAUCCCUGCAAUUGCAAUAUGCCUGUGGUGGAAGGUUGCUGACUUUCAGUGGUGUAAGCUCACAAAUUGCAGGAUGACUUUGAGUAUUUUGGUGUUAAAAGGCCUGGGCUACACCAUGUUGAGAUAGGCUGCAGCAGCCAGGACUGGCAAUGGUGAGGUGACAGGGUGGGAGCACACAUGACAUUAGCCUGAGAAAGAACAAUAGGAGGUCAGCAGGUUUAUGGCUCUAUGGAGCAACUCCCACUCCUCCUGGGUUGGUUCUUAUUUGAGAAUUGAUGGCUGGGCUGCUGCAAAACUCUUUAACACUGGCCAUGAUGUGGCUUUCAGAUUGCUUCCAGGACUGGACCCUACAUUAAAUGGCAGAGUUCUGAGCUUCUACUGCAGCAGCUAGACAUCAUGUGGCUUCUGCUGCAGCUGCAACAAAAUCUUGAGGCACCACCCAUCGGUUGCUUCUUCCUGGCUAGGUCCACAAGUUUGCUAAUGGUGUUGGCACCAUUUCCAUGCUGGAAGCAUUAUGAUCUGCCUUGAAAGGAAUGGUUAUAUGUUUAAUAGAUAGUAUGGUAAAGGAUGUGUUGUAACAUACCUUGUCACCUCUGUGGGCUGACAGUCUGAUGAAGAUACCUAAACAGUGGAGCCCAAUAUGAACAAGGCUGAGCCACCCUUGAAUGUAUUAUUGUUUUCCUGAUCCUGUGUUAAGCAGUUAAUGCCGCAGAGUGCAGAGUAGCUGCUAUCUUAAAGGUUAAUCAAACACAACUGAAAGUUCUGCACACCGUGGAAAGUUGGUGCUAGACUUCUCCAUGCUCCUUUAACAUCUCUCACAUAGGUUGACUUGCCAAUGUAGCAAGUAUUCCACAGUGCAUGUCAGCAACUUUCUUCUGCAGACUGUGUGUCCCAUCAAUGUAUUCGUCUGAAUCGUCUGCGCCAGAAGUCAUUAGAGACGCACCAUCUAGGGAGUUGCCACCCACACUAACUUUGCUCCUUGCCUUGACUUCAGGUUGUUGUUGCCCAAUGAUUCACCCUGUACACUCCACCUCAUACACUAUACACUAAAGUAAAUGCAGUGCCAGUAUUUAAUCUUAUGCCAGCAACUGAUAGAUCAGGUAACAGUGUUAGCCCGUUAUCAGACUUCCACCUAUUUUCCCCCUCCCACAGCAGCUCUUGAGUGUCUGGAAGAAGGAAAGAAUAAGGGCAGGUUGAGAGGAGGAGAGAGGGUGACACAAAGUAAGAGUUAGAAGCUUACAUAUUCUGAAUCUUCUGUGUCAGAUAAGGGGAUCACAACUUGUGAGGAUAUGGAUGAGGUAGAAAUAUAUUGUCUACUUCUGUCGUUUUUGGCUCAGCUUGGUGGAGGCGUAAGCAGUGGCUACUCCAAUGAUAUUAGGCAUUGUCACGUCCAAGGGGUGAGGACAUGAAGCUACACCUUACGUCUUCCCAUUAGCAUCUACUGCCUCCAUUUCCGCACCUCCUCGCCUUGAAGGUGUGUUCACUCGGUGUAUGAGUGAUGUUGUUUUCAUUGUUAAAUAGCUGGUCAUGUAUGCAAACUGAAAUGUGGGGGCAUGGCUUGCAGCAUUAGUACGUAUGUGGGUGCAGGAUGAAGCUAUGUUAGGUUCAAGUCCGGGAUGAUGAUGUAAUUUUGGGAGUAGUGAGUGAUGUGGGUGUGGUUCAAUUAAUGUUAACAGUGUGUACGGUGGGGUGUUGCACUCGAAGAUGCAUUUUGUGACUUUGACCACAUGAAUGAAAUCAUUUUAUUGAAUAUUUUGUGGUAUAACAUCCAGGCCUUAGCAGUUUGACUUCUUGCAGUGACCUCCAUGGCUAUCUACUGAUUCAGCGCACCUCUUCCCCAUCCUGACCAAGACUUUAAGUACAUCAUUAGGAAAUACUAGAUCAGACUGUCUCCCAUACUGUGCUAUUAUUAAAUAUUUCCAGAGCAGAAUUAGUGGUAAACACCUCCAUCUGCAGUGCACCCCAUUUAAGAGAUGUAAGCUAACAUUAAAUAAUGUCAUGUGAUAAUGGGAACUGCAGAUGCUGAAGAAUCCAAGAUAACAAAGUGUGGAG